AUGGGUCUUACAAAAUCACACAACAAACAAACACAAGCAAUAGCCCUCAAGAAAAUCAUCAAGAAAUGCUCGGCCUUUAGAGACGCCAACGGCUACCCAACCGACGUCCCUAAAGGACACUUUGUCGUCUAUGUUGGAGAAACAAGAAGCCGAUACGUUGUACCCAUAUCAUGGCUACACCACAAAGGCUUCCAAAGCUUGCUACGACAAGCCGAGGAAGAGUUUGGGUUCGACCAUGGAAUGGGAUUAACCAUCCCUUGUCAUGAAGAGGACUUCCAGUCUCUCUUCUCACUCAUGGGAUGAAUUAACCGCCAUUCGAUGCAACCCAACCAGACCUCGAUCGAUCAUAAUUUUUAGUCAUUUGAUUUGUCGUCUUUUUAGUAUGAAGUACUUUGAACAAAAAUCGUUGUAGUUCGUCAACAUUUAUCUAUU